GUGUUGACAGUUGAAUCCAGUGAGGGUGAACUCCCCUGAUUCUGUGAUGUGGCCAACCGGUAAGGUGCACAGAAGACCAAGGCCUUCUACUUCAGCGCAGACCCCUCAGAUCCACAAAAGGCCUCCAAUCAUUGAGAGCUGUGGGCAGGAACAGACAUCUGGGGAUGGACGGGACAUGAAUCCAGAGCCUCUCAGCCAGUCUGGAAGGGUGACUCGGCUGAUGGAGAGAAAUUAUGAUGGGGUGAUCUCAUCCUCCAACUCUGAUGACAUCUCUAUCUACUCCUUCACUGACUGUGAAUCUGAGUCUGAUGAGGAUCAUGAAAGGAGGACACCACCGCUGAUAGUGAAGGAUAAGGAGGAUGGAAAGGUGACAAAGUUUGAAGUGAGGGAAAUGGUAGAGGACGACAAUCUGUCUCUCCACUCCUUGGAUGAUUCAGACUUUCUGAUAAUUGUGGCCAAGCCCAACAUCCUUCUCCCUGCCUCUGUGAGUGCCAUGAAGACGAAACACCUGAUGGAGUUGGUCCCUACUGUCCGGCCCUGCAGGGAGCAGCUGGACAAGAAGACCCAGUGGACCAACACCAACGAGGAGAGCCUGAGGAGGAUUAAAAAAAAACUGGCCUCCAUAGAGCUCGACCUGGAGGAAGGCCUGAACAAGGUCAACGACGGUCAGGACAUCAACCAAGAGAGGCAGAAGAAUGAGGGAUGCUUCAGAGCCUGGAUUGAGAAGUGGAUGGGGAGGAGGAAGGAGGAAAGACUGAGGGAUGAAGAUGUGAAUAGGGAAGACAAAGGGAGGAUGGGCGAGGAAGUGAGGGCACUGAUCCAAGUGAUGAAGAGAAAAUGCAGUGAAAGUGAUCUUGAGGCAGUAAACCUGGACAGUUUGCUGAAUGACUUGGAAAGGUUGAAAGUGGCCUUCAAGAAAUGCACUGGAGAGAUGGCCGAAAUGGUAGAGAGCAUGGCAGAAAUGCAGACCAGAAUAGCUGAGAGCAGGCUCCUCAAGCCUGAAAAAAAAUAUCUAUGUCCAGAGCUUUCACCCCGGACCCUGGCUGAAGCCCUACAAGCCCUGCCCUCUGCUGUGGCCCGUCCCUCCCAAAAGGAUGUCCCAAAGCCUCCGACACCUCCAAGCCCUGUCUCUGUCAUUGUUGCUUCGCCUGCUGUGGAGUACUUACCAUACCACCGCAGCCCUCGCCUGGCCCCAAUCACCAACCUGAGUGAGAACGGCAGGAAGCUGCUCCAGAAAAUGUCCGGAGUGACGCCACAGGAAGGGAAGGUCAAAAGGAAAAAGACCAAGGGAAAAAAGCAAGUGAAGAAAGAGAAGGCCAGUAAGAUGCAGCAGGUGGAAAAUGUUGGAGAAAGUAAGGAGGACAAGAAAGAGGAAAAGAAGAGUCUGAGGAAGAGGUGA